UGCUGUUUUUUCCAUGUAUAUAUAUAUAUAAAUAUAAAGCAAGCGGAAGGGUAUAACGGAGUGUUUCCUGUUCUGCUUUAUUCUGCCUGCGUGGGACAGAGAGAGAGCGAAGACCAAAAAAGGAAUAUAUUAUCCUUAGAGCCCCCAGGCAGAACGCAUCAGGAUUCCAAACAUCCCAAUGGCACCAGGAGUCGCUCCAGGAAACUCUGAGUAUUUAUUAUUAUUAUUAUUAUAAUAAUUGUUAUUAUUACACAGGGUUUGGCAGGGGGUUUCCGAGCCCAGACCCAAAAGGACUUUCACUUCAUAGUCACAGUUUGCCAGUUUCUCUUUCCCUUUGUAUGUCGGCUAAUGACCCCCCUGUAGGACCAUGUUCCACUAAGAGAGGGGUGGCCAUGGCCAGGGCUCCGGAGAGGCUAUCUGGUGCCCAAAAGCUGCAAGCCAUUGUGGGGUUGUUGGGCACCCUGCACCUCAUGGCCUCCGCCGUCACCUCCAACUGGUACAACAGAAAGGGACUGUGGCAAAGCGACCCCCCAUCAGAAGGGACCGACGCUACCCGGGCGACCAUUCCCAUGACCAACAGGCAGGUCAGAGGAGCUCAACUAUUUUUCAUUGGACUGUCCACUGUCAUGGCUGCCGCCGGCUUCUGCCUUUGCCUGGUUCUGCUGGUCUCGUGGAAGCCGCCGCGUCGUUCCCUGGAUACUAGACGGACCCCAAGCCCUGGAACGUUACUCCUGGCUGUGCUUCUACCCACAGGUCUGUUUUUCUUCUUAGGGUGGGCAGCGUUCACGUGGCAACGCUGGGAAGACAUCCAGAGCCAGCGGAUAUCCUUGGGCUAUUCCUAUUGGCUGGGGGCUCCGGCCUUAACCAUGCUGCUUUUCAUCCUACCCAUCAUUUAUAUCAUAGACGAAUGCAUGGCGACGGAGGAGCCCAAAUCAGUCCAUGUUUAACCUCCCCCCCCCCCUACUUUUUAUUAAUUAUUUUUCUAUUCAGCCCCUCUCCUCUCUCAUUCAAACCGCUCUCUGGUUGCUAACGUAAUUAGAACCCUAGCAACCAGAUAACGGCUGAAAUUCCAAACUGGAGAGUUGCUGAACAAAAAAAAAAAAA